UCAGAUAGUACUAAUAUAAUAUUGUGAAAGGAGAGAGUGAGAGUCAAGAAUCCAGAGAGAAUCUUGUGGGGGAAAUAGUAUAGUUUUAAGAGAAGGGAGACAUGCCCAAUUUCAUCCCAACAGUUGUGCUUGUUGUUCCUCCAAGUAUUGGCACCAGAUCCUAAAGGUUUUCCUCAAUCCUUCGGGUUUGGGCUUUUUUCAUUUUAUGUGUUUGCUCGUGUGAUUCUUUCUUUAUAUGCGAGGCUCGCUAAUAAUGAGUCCUUAAAGGUCUUUGGUUAUGCGUCUGGCUUCAGCUACUUCCUAAACCAAUGGCUAAUAUGCAAGAGCACCAUUUCUCCCAAGCAAUAUCCAAAAACCUCAACUUUGAAGUGGACCCUCCUCCCCAACGAGGCCAGGAAUUGAAGUACAUCGACUUUCAACUGCAGGAUCAGCACUCUUCCUCGACUGAAUCGACCAGCCUUUCACGCAAGGAGUUCACCGCCAUGGGGAAGGCUAGUUCCCAAGAUCAGUGCGCUUCUUCUGACUCCGUGCACGACGAGAGCUAUGGUAAGCACGGGCAAGAAAUGAAGGGGGGUUUGUUCCUUGGCAAUCCUGAGCUCUCCAUCAACACGCCACACGCUGAGAUGACUCAACCGAUUGUGCAGUUCCCGUAUGCCUACACCGACCCCUACUUCACCGGGAUGUUUACGCCCUAUGGCCCCCAUAACAUCAUGAUGGCCGAUGCUGCUGCGUCCGGGCGCGUUCCGCUCCCUGGCGAAAUUCCCGAGGACGGCCCGAUAUAUGUCAAUGCGAAACAGUACCAUGGUAUACUUAGGAGGAGACAGACCCGAGCUAAGCUGGAGGCACAAAACAAACUCGUCAAAACGCGCAAACCGUAUCUGCACGAGUCUCGUCAUCAGCACGCGCUGAAUAGAGUGAGGGGCACCGGGGGCCGGUUUCUGAGCACCAAGAAGCAGCAGGCGGAGGGCAGUGGUGGCGCGGAGGCCUUCCAUUUCGGGUACGGGGAAGGUGGGGACGGGGCCGGUGGCGACGCUAUGCUGCAGCAGUCUGAUGGCAGGUUUUCGAACAUGGCGUACAAUGGGAACCGUCGCUAUGCUUCGAUAGUCCGGUGAGGUGUGUGGCGGAAGGCGCCGCUCCCGACCGGCUGGGCAAUUCAUCCUUGGCUUUGUUACUAUUGAGGUUCAUCCUCUGCUAUUCUCCUACAGAAUGUGGGCUUUGUACUAAAAUUGUCUGCCUAAUACAUUAAAUCCUACACACAUUUGGAUCUUUUUGAACUGAAACUCAAACUUUCUUUCUAAGCUUUGAGGUUGGGCUUCCUUUUCAUCUCUCUUUUAGAUGUGUGUAACAGUUUAACUCAUUUUUUUUAGCAUGGUGAAGGAAUUCUUGAAUAGAGAAUAUGUUGGAUUUUUAGUAUCAA